AUGUUUGAUAAAGCAUUGAGUUUAGUAAACAACAUGGUUGAAAAUGGGGUUUUGGUAGAUUUAGAGACGUAUAAGUUGCUUAUUUGUGGGUUAUAUGAGGAAGGAAAGCAUGAAAAGGGUAAGGAAGUGUUUUGUAGUUUGCUUGAUGGGUAUAAUUCGGAUGAAGUUGUUUGGACUAUUCUUCUUGAUGGGUUACUUAAACGAGGUUUGGUUAAAAGGUAUUUUGAGCUUGUGGGUGUUAUGGAGGAGAAAGGUUGUCAUCUUAAUCGAUAUACUUAUCAAAUAGUUCUUUUUUGUAAGAAGAAAUGGAGUGGGACUGGGACCCACACAAUGGAGAUUGAAGGUUCGUGGUUUAUCCGAUCAUUCUUUAAAGCUUGUCCAUUUUCAGAUGAAGGUAAAUCGGUGAACAUGGGAAACUGGGUUUCUUUGUUCCAAUAUUGACAAAGAUUUUUGAGGUUAGAGUUUGUUAGUUAGAUGCGGCUGGCUAUACAUAAUUUUGUGAAUUGAAAUGGGUAUCAUUUUAACACUUAAUCUGAUUGUAGAUUACUAGAUUUGCUUUGUCUUUUAUGAAAAUAAUUUUAUAUAAGAUGUAUAAAAAAAUUUAACA